UUGGAUUCAAUUAAUAGAUAAAAAACUGCUGUUACUCCAUACAAAUAAUAAUAUAAUAUUACCGGCCGUUAGAAUACUGCGUCACUAAGCCUGGUACUUUAGGAUAUAUGUAUUUAUUAAAUUUCCGGUUUUGCCACUGACAGUUACGUGAAUAAGUCCUAAAAAAAUAAAUUUGAACUUUCAGAACACAAGCAAACAGUCCAAUAUAAAUCAACUAACCCUCAAAAUGUCAUAAAAAAAAAUGUGUGUUUUUGUCCGGUUUUUUUUUGUUCCGUAAAGUGUGUUGUUAGGCAAAAAUAAAUAUGGAGUGUUGUAACGUUUGCGACUACAAAAGUCAGAAUAACGAGGUUUACCUUAGCACCAUGAAGACUAUCAACAGUUUUGACACAAUUCGAAAACCUUAUUUGCCCCAAUCACCGGGUAAUGCGCUGAAACGAUCACCAACUUCAAUCCUCAAAAACAAAACCACCAACAAUUGUGAGGGUCAAACUUGCAGUUUGGCUUUUUGUCCCAAUCAAGAUAGAAUAACAUCCUUACGGAUUACUCAAGACCUUAAACCGAAACCCCAACCAACUUUCAAGUGCGCGCCACAAAAAGAUGUCCCAAAGGAAAAUAGCUGUGUUCGAAAAUAUCAGGGUUUUGAAAACGGUUGCAGGAGCCAGAGCUUGGGAAAGUCACAAGAGCGCAUUUCUUCAGGGCAAAUGUGCAAUCGAUGUGGAAAUUCCUUGUCCGUCAAUAGCUUGUCUUUGGAAGGCGCUCCGAUCUGCGGUAACCCAAUGAACUUGGUGACCUUUGCCGAACCGGAAACACAAAAUGAAUCCCUAAACACCCAUGAAGCAUUUUACUCCGAAAACUUCCGAUGCCCCAUUUGCUCCGGUUAUUUAUCCCCAUCUUGCUCGGACCAGCUUCAGAUGCAGACAUCCUCCGAUUUGGGUAUCGACUAUUGCUACUGUUCGCAGACUCCCAACCCACCGGAGCAGGCAAGAUUGCCGGAUCAAGCAGAUAGUUUGACUUUUUCAAAUUGCAGUUGCGUUGGGCAACAGGAAGAGACUCGAACGGGUGAGACUCGAAGCUCUAGAGACGCAGCUGAGAAAGAACCAAAUUUAGAGGACAGGGGAUUCCAAAUGCCAGAUCCAGUAAUCCGCAAGGUCUUUCAGGGAGGUGGAACUUCCUCUAGUGACGGCAGUGUUGCCUUCAACAACAGUUGCGACCACUCUUACGCAUCGGAAAGUGAAUCCAUCGAACAAUGUGCACCCUGGUUACUGCCCCAAAGCACUUUCGGUGCCCCGCCUUUUCCUUCCCCGGAUCCCUUCAGUGCCUUUCCCCCACCCAACUGUGUGGAUGCCAACUCCUUUCGGGCAGUCCAACAGCCACGGUCUCCGCCAAUGCCAACCUGCGCCCUCAAUCCGUGCUUCUGCGGAGCCAACUUCAGCGAUGUGCUCCAGUCCCAGUCUGUUUACAUGACGGACUACAGGCCAUUUGUACCCGUGAGCAACCAGACCUUCGACCCUGCAGGGUUGGGAUGCCAACCCGCCACUUUUGGCGGAGGCUGCAGGUGCCAGGACAUGCCGCUUGGCGGAGGAUUCGGAGCAAGCUGUUCCUGCUCCUGCCCCUGUUCCUGUUGCUCUGACCCGUGUCCAAUCAGUCCCUGGUUUGGUCAGUGCCCUCCGAGCUGGCUCGCCCCCACCAAUCCCUGCUGCUAUCCACCCGAAGCCGUGUGCUGUGACUCUCCAUGCCUUCUCCUGUGUAACCCCAGUGUGCCUCUGAAUGGCUGUUGCAUGCCCCCACCGAAUUGCGGUUUUUAAGGGUUAAGUUGACGGACAGAAGCGGUAUAGGGCAGAAGACCACGAUCAGUAUGAAGUGAGAUCCUCAUGAAAUGGUGCAAUCCAAAACAAAAAAAGCUAACAACUUCAAAACGCGUUCUGAAUUAUUCUUAAGAAGACUACACGUGAACUGAUACACUAAACUUUUAAUACAAAGGAGCAAAUAAUUUUGAAACUUAAAGUGUUAAUAAAACAAUCUCCUAACAACAA